AUGGCUUCUCUUGGAAAUCCAAAAGCUUGGGUUCCAUACAUGAACAACAAAGAUUGUUCUCAAGGUUUUUGUAGCUUCUAUUGUCCACAAUGGUGUUAUGCAAUUUACCCUCCACCUCCACCUUCUCCCUUUGAAUUCCCUGAUGAUGAUUCAAGUUCAAAUUUCUCUCCUCUUGUUAUUGCAAUCAUUGGAAUCUUAGCAAGUGCUUUUCUUCUUGUCACUUACUACACCAUAAUCUCCAAAUACUGCGGCCGAAGAGGAUCAUCGUCACAAAGCGAAUCGCGCGAAACAAAUGAUGAACUCGAAGACAAUCAUCAUCAUAACCAUUCAAUCCAUGAACCAUGGCACCUUACAACAAAUGGCUUAGAUGAAGCUUUGAUCAAAUCAAUAACCGUUUGCAAGUACAAAAAGAAUGAUGGAUUGGUUGAUGUAACGGAUUGUUCUGUAUGUCUCAACGAGUUUCAAGACGAUGAAAGUAUUCGACUUUUACCUAAAUGCAGCCAUGCUUUUCAUCUUCCUUGUAUCGAUACAUGGCUCAAAUCUCACUCGAAUUGUCCUCUUUGCCGCGCUACCAUAUUCGCCUUCAAUGCUUCAAGUUCAAGUGCUGCAACACUUCAUUUAGCAGCACCGGUUAUUGAACAAUCUUCAAGGAAUGAAGUUUCUUUAGAAAAUCAACAACUGAAUGAAAUUGUAGAUGUUGAAAGAGACAGUGAAUUGCAUGAAGUGGAAGAAGUUCCAAUUCCAAAGAGUGAAUUUCGCGCUUUAAGCGAUUUAGGAAAUUCAAGAGGAAGGCAUAGUGUGAUUGAGAUUAGAGAUAAUGAAGAUUAUCAUGAAUCGAUUCGAAGAUCGGUAUCUAUGGAUCAUUCAUUUCAAGGUGUUCUUUCCGUUGUCGAUGAUGUUAAUGCUAUGCAUAUGAAUCAAGAACAAGAUUGUUCCCAAGUUGAAGGUUCAUCAAAGAGAGUAAGAGAUGAGAGUGAAAGUAGUAAGUGUAGUUAUAGAAGAAAGGUUUUGCAUUGUGUUUUGAGUCCAAUUGCAAUGAAGAGAUCAUUUUCAAGUGGAAGAUUUUUCCUUAGUAGAACUGGUAGAGGAAGGCUUGGAAUUUUGCAUGUUUGA